AUGCAAACAAGAAAGCAAUACGCGCUCGCCUUCACCGAUGUCGUCUCCGGCUCUCUCAUUUUCGACGUCAUGAUGGACCGAGUUUUCUUGGACGAGAAAUGGUUCUACCUGCGCAAGGUCAAGAGCAAAUGUUACCUUGCACCAUGGGAGGAAGUUCCUAAGUUGUCGACCAAGAACAAACGUUUCGUUCCAAGUGUCAUGUUCUUGACUGCAGUUGCACGGCCGCGGGUCGUCGACGGAACCAGUUUGACGGCAAACUUGGUAUUUGGCCCUUCGUUGAACAAGUCGCCGCACAGCGGCGCAGCCACCGGCGCGAGGCAGGAACACGUGCUCCUUAAUCGAGUGUUCCCCAGCAUUUUUGAAAAGUUCCCACAAACCUACCAACUCAUUGUUGUCCAACACGACACGCCUCAUGGAAUCGCCUUGGACCCUGACGUUGUGCGUGCCAGCGCAAGCCAUGGGCGCCUACAAACGUUGCAGCAGAAGAUGCCAGCCUACACUGUGGACGAGUUGAUCACCAAAGUGAACGCCGCAUACCUCAACGUACCCGAUGAGUCACUCAACAACAUGUUCAACAUGCUAUUGGCGGUGAAGGACACGUCAUCGAAAUCGAAGAAGAAGUCAAAGUACGGCCGUGGUGAAGUUUACCCAGACCGUUGGCUCUUUGGUGGUGUCGAUCGGGCAACCAAACGGUGGUUCGGCAUAUUGGUCGGCGAGGACCGCACGAAACCGACGCUAUUAGCGUUGAUCAAGAAACACAUACGACCCGGAACUCUGAUUAUGUCGGACAAGUCGUACGUGUCCACGAACGAAGUCCAUACUUUUGCCAACAACAGAGACCUUCAAGACAUGAGGUAUAGGCACCAGUGCGUGAAUCACACUGACAACUUCGUUGACCCCACCUCUGGUGCCCACACCCAACGCAUCGAAUGUCUAUGGGAAAAUCAAGUCAAGCGACUUAUCAAGACCAUGCGAGGGGAUAUACCCAAGGUGCGCCCCGAGCGAACCGAGGAGGGUGGGUGGACUUACCUCGAUGACCAAGUCAACGAAACGCUCUUUGAACGAAUCUUCUCGAUGAAACACGAGACGCAUGUCAAGAAAGUUGAGAGCGAGUCCAAAAUGAACGAAUGGCUGGCUAGAGUGCGCCAUUCAAGGGUCUCCCUGUCCAUCUACAAGUAUGGCAACGAGAUGGUCACCAAGGACCAGUUUGCAGAGUUCAAUGUGACGUGCAUUGUUUCCACAAAACCAAGAUUGUUCUGGAGCACCCAAUGA